CGUCAUUAGUCCAGCUGAGGAAAUGGCGGCCGCGGCGAUGGCAGGAGCUGUGGCGGAUCUUCCGCACGUCACGGAGGCCAAAAAGAUGGAGUAUUUCUCCUCGAUCAACUCAAUGGCCCGUAAGAUUAUGCAGGAGAGGGAGAAGAUAAAGGACAAGUUCGGUUCGGAUUGGGAUCAGAUGAGCCCGGUCGAACAGGACACGGCGAUAGACAACGGGAUGAUGGACCCGCGGAUCCGGGCUCGGUACGCCAUGCACCGGGUGGACCGAGACGAGGUGAUCUGCUACCCGAAACUCCUCAUCCAGACAGGGCAGAAGACCGUACACUUCGGAGAAGAGGAUUUAACUUGGCAAGAUGAGCACUCGGCUCCCUUCUCUUGGGAGACCAAGAGUCAGAUGGACUUCAGCGUGAUCUCCGGCGCAACAGAACCGGCCGUUCCCUCCUCCGUGAGCGAAUCCAAACCCAAGACCUCUCAGAGUGGCAAACUGCCCAGCAACGACGAGUCCUCCUUCUGGAAGAUCAGCGCUGAGCGCUCCAGGCUAGAAGGCGAGAAGGCUGAGUUUCAGUCUCUGACGCCCAGCCAGAUCAAGUCUCUGGAGAAAGGCGAGAAGCCUUUACCCUCGUACCUGAGGCCCGAGUCUGGGCCGAGGGAGUCGGAGGAAGCGCCCGCCCCGCGGUCGGUUAAACAGAGAGCCCCCAAACCUCAUGCUCCUCCUCCGCCCGUUCCCAUCAGCGUGACCCCUGUGGCGAUCAGCGUGACCCCGACACCUCCGGCCCCCGUGUCCUCGUCGCAGGAAGGGUGGGAAAGGGCCCAGAGCACGCUUCCUUCUGUAAGCAGCACUACGGAUGAUGUGUUCAGUCCUGGUCUGGUCACCAGGUCUUCCUCUCAGUCCAACAGCACAGUCAAAGAUCAGGCCUCGCCCGCCGCCAGUCCUACAUUCGCACAGUUCAACACAAGCAGCAAUAUCCUGAAGACUGGAUUUGAUUUCUUGGAUAACUGGUAAUUCCUGAAGAACCCAUUCUAGAUCACAGGCCCUACAAGCACCAUAAACACUUACACUACAGAACUCUUUCCUUUUAAAUCCAUAUGCUUUAGUAGUUCAGCUAUAGUGCAUCAAUAUCUCUACAAUUGUAUUCGAAUCUUCAUCUGACCUCAUCUCACCGGUUAGAAGUUACUGAAUGCAUGAGCUAUGAUACAUUGGGUAGGAUUUUGAAUCUUCCAUCCUUGAUUCUUAUGUCGUUUUUCACACUUGGUACAUUUGCCUGAGUCCGAACCCAAUUGAACUUCCCUGUUGGUUUGCUUUCUCAUUGUUAUGUUGUUCUGAACUGUGGUACGUUUGCACAAAUUUUCCCCGUUAACACUAGAACCACCAAAAGCUGUUAAUAAUUGCAGCCAGGAAACAAAGUUGGAAAUCUUAAAGGGAUAGUUCAUCCAAAAAUGAUGAAUCGCCACCCUGAUGUUGUUCCAAAUCCGUUCAGAAAGCUCUCGGAUUUCAUCAAAAAGAUCUUAAUUUGUUUUUCGAAGAUUAACGAAGGUCUAACAGGUUUGAAAUGACAUGAGGGUGAGUAAUUAAUGACAGAAUUUUUAUUUUUGGGUCAACUAACCCUAUAAAUGUUUUGAUUUUGUUUGGUGUUACUACCAAACUGGCACAAAAUAGUUAAUCAGUACCAGCCCAUUUCUAUAUUGCAUUCACAUCAACCGUGAGCCAUACUGUGGUUUACAAUACACCAAAACCCCUCUUUAGACUCAAGUUUAAUUCCUUUGUGCGCAGUUUCAGAAGUUCGGAAGAUGCAUUAAUCAUGAUCAGUCAAAUUCAGAUCUACUCUAAAACCACUAGUGUGAAUGCCACAUCACCGUCACUGCCGUAAAUUUUUAUCUAUAUUUAUCUAGACCUUGAUACUAGUGUUAAGAUGCUUCACUGUACAUUUAUUAAUAAGGACCUAAACGAGACACCGUAGCGCUAGCAUGGUUUUGAGAUGACUUGCGCCUUGCUUAUUUUGUAGACUUUUUAUAUGCGUGCUGCUUUCAUUGUAUGCUUUCUUUGUCUCUUUCCUGUAGCCCAGUACACCAGAGAUGACUUAAAAACUUUAAAGCAAUAGUUAAAAUCUCCUUUUCUUUGUUAGGCCCGAAACAUACUCCACACAAGUACGCAAACGUAGUCGACAUUUAACAUGCAUUAUUGCAAUACUUUGGAGGUAACAAACUCCAGUACUCAAGGGGGCGAUAGUGUUACCUUCUGCACCAUUAAAACUGAAUGUGCUAUUAUUCAGGUAGCUAGCUAAAAACAUGUCCACAGUUGAAUAACUUGCGUUUGAUCAUUUCAAACGCUUGUUUUUUUCCGAAUGGAACGACUUGUGAAAUCAAGAUGCUAUAAGCAUUUGUGUUCACAUACUUGCCUGUCGUAUGAUUCAGGGGUUAACUAACUAGGUUUUCAAGGGUAGGAAUAAUUUUUGGAGCUUUGUUGCAAGAUGUUUUCUCUUGAAUACGAAAUACGUGGCCUGGAGCCAGUAUUUAUGCAUUCAUAUAUCUGUAAUGCAAAAUGACUACAAUAAAAGUAUGACUCUCUCA